CAGAAGAAGAGACUAUUGUCUGUCUGUCACGAGGAGGUGAAGAGUGAGAAGAAAACAGAUUGCAGAGGAGAAAUUCAACUUUAAUGUGAGCACAAUGAGUGUGUGUAAUAUGCCACAGAAGCGCUAUUACAGACAGAGAGCUCAUUCAAACCCGAUGGCUGAUCACACCUUCCAGUAUCCAGUUUGUCCGGAGGAGAUGGACUGGUCUCAGGUUUAUCCAGCACACUUCUGUCAGCGGGGGGAAACAGAAGUUCAAGCGCAGGUGGAGUUCGCGGACAUCGGCUGCGGAUACGGCGGACUGCUGGUUGAGUUAUCGCGGCUCUUUCCGAGGCAACUGAUGUUGGGUUUGGAGAUUAGAGUGAAAGUGUCCGAUUAUGUACAGGAUCGUAUUUGCUCACUUCGUGCUGCUGAGCCGGGCAGUUAUCAGAACAUUGCCUGCCUCAGGAGUAAUGCCAUGAAGUACCUUCCCAAUUUUUUCACCAAAGGGCAGCUGAGUAAGAUGUUCUUUCUCUUUCCGGAUCCACACUUUAAGAAAACCAAACACAAGUGGCGGAUCAUUAGCCAUACAUUACUGGCUGAGUAUGCCUACACACUGAGAGUUGGGGGUUUGGUGUACACAAAUACUGAUGUUGAGGAGGUACAUGAAUGGAUUGUGAAACACUUUAAUGAUCAUCCUCUCUUCAGCAGAGUGUCUGAAGAUGAGCUGGCUGAUGAUAUCAUUAUAGGUCAUCUAGGAACGUGCACAGAAGAAGGAAAGAAGGUUCAGAGGAAUGGAGGCAAGAACUAUUUAGCUGUUUUCCGCAGAGUGCAGGUUGAAACUGCCCCUUAAACGCUGAUGGUUCCAGUCGCAAUUGAAAUGCAGUGGAAGUGGACAGAACCAAGCCUGACUACACCUGAGGGUUUUAUCAAUUCUUUUUCAGUUUCUACACGAAUAAUACAUUAGACUGCAUAUGAUUGAACAUUUGUUUGGUACAGUUUUGGCAUGUCCAAGUAACCAAAACAGAAUGUGUUUUUAUUUUAUUCUGAAUGUGUCUAUUCAAUAGUUGCAGAUUUUUUUUUUCAGGCAACACAUCCAAAUGCUACACUACCCUGUUAUACCAUUUAAAAGAUAUGGAUAUGUAAAGAAUAAAGGUCAUAUUACACA